GAGUCUGCUAUGAAAGAAGAGGAGCCUCAAGUGGCAUCGCUACAUCAGAAGCAGGUGGUAGUUGAAAGAGCAACACCUGAAGGAGCAGAACUUGCCUCGAUUGAACCUCCACCCUCGUCUGUGAAAGAAAAAGAGCAAUCUGACACCUCCUCAGCCGAACAGGGUAAUCAAGACAAAAAAGGUGGGGUAGAAGAGGCAGCUGAGAGCCACCUUGUUGGCGAGUCAAACGCAAAAGAAGCAAAACAGCCUUCACUUGCAGAAGAGACUUCAGGACUUAUGACAGAAGAAAAAGAGGGAAUUAUCUUGCAAAGCAAAGCAGAAACCCCUGUGAAUGAAAGCAAGGAAAAACUGGGGAUGGAUGAUGGGAUAAACAAGGAGGGCCAAGAUAGUGGCAGUGACAUUAAAUUGCAUGAGACACCUGUGACCAACAUUCACCAAAUGGAUCAAAGGCAAGAAACAGUCAAAUCAAGUCCAGAACCUGGUACAGAGCUGAAAUCCUCAUCUGAUAUUUUUGUCGAACCCAAGUCAGGAUCAGAAACCUACUUUGAGACAUCUUCAAAAAGCAAAGAAGAGGAGUCUCCACAAACUCAGAGCUAUUACGAGCUCAGCACAACAGCAGAGACAAGGUUAAGUGGGGACACUGAAAUUACGCAGAAGUUAGAGGAUCAACAAGAUAGAAAAGUCAGAACCUCUCCCGGUAAGAUGUCAUUAGAACAAAGAAGCCUCUCCCUGAACAUUACAGUUGGGUCCACAGUGGGACAGACUGUGAAGGGAGAGAAGUCAAGGACCUCCUCAGAAAGCAUGUGUCCUAUCAGUGGAAGUUUUGAUGAAUCAGACGUUUACCCUUCAACACCAUCUGUGGAGAGCCAUACACCCAGGUUUCCUCCAGCUGUCUCCAUUACCCCAACUUCCACAGAAUCACCUAAAGAUAUCCCCACUCAGGCAGAAACGCCUUUACCUUCUGAUAAACACAGUUGCAGUUUGGAGCAAUCAAGUAGCCUCUCUGAGAUGUUGGACUUGGCCGGGGCCCUGCCUCCAGGGCCAUCCAUAGAGAGGAGGGAGGUUGAUCACAUGAGACGAAAGUCUGUGCCUGCCAAUGUGUCAGCUCUGGUGGGGAGUUCUUUAGCCAAGCUUGCCUUGGGAGAUCAGACCUCAAGGGUGGUGAGUGGGGAAAGCCAGCUGGAGGAACUGGGCUACUGUGUCUUCAAUGAGUACUCUGGGCCCAUGCCUUCCCCUGCAGAUGUGCCCAGUCCAGGGGACUCUCCUUACCAACGUUUCCCUGCUAUGGAGGGUGAAGUUGAACAGGAGCUUGGACCCACAGAAGAUGAGGGUGUCCAAAAAGGAAUGCAACAAGAAGAUCAUAAAGGAACUGUCCCUGAGAUUUCUCAAAAAACAGUACUUGAAAAGAAAGAUGCGCCAGUAAAGACUACUCUGAUUCUUGAAAAAGCUGUGACAAGUGGAAUAAAACCUGAUCGCCUAAGAAUCCCAAUCAAUACUUCAAAAGACAGACUGACUGAGUUUCGUUUGGAGAGUGGCCUUCCUGGUGACAUAAAGAUCCAAGCAAUCCCUGAGGUAGACGUUGAAAAAGACCCGUCAAGAGAGGCUUCUCCCAUCCCGCCAGACAAUUCCUUUACUUUCACUCCUGCUGAAACUGGAGUUAAGGUUCCCCCGACUCCUGCCACCCCCAAGUCCCCAGAUGAUCCACCCUCAGAAACCCAAGUUAUUGAGGAGAACACUAGGAAAAUCUUAACGGAGGUCAAAGCAGAGAAUGACCCAAAGUCUGAAAGGGCUGAUAAUAAACAGACAGAAUUAGAGAAAGAAAUUCAAAAAUCUAAGCAGGAAGAUUCAGGAGAAAGAAGUGAAGAACCAGAAAUGGUAAAUAAAGACAUACGUUCAGCACCAUCUCAGCCUUCAGGAGAAAGCACAGAAAAAGACUGUAAGACGACUCAAAGUGAACAUGGGACACCUACAAGAUUAGAAGGAAUAGAAAUUCAAGAGACCUCAAAAGUUGUUCUGGAUUUAAGCACUAAAAAGCCCUUAGAUGAGAAAGUGUCCCAAAUUCAGUUGCAGGAGGUAAAACCGGAAAAAGACUCACCAAAGCCACAGAUAUCCUCCCCAGUCAUCAUUAUACCUCAAGCACAAGUAGAGGAAGAAGCAGAGGAAGAGGACGAUAUUGAGAUUGCUGAAGAGCCUCAAGAGAUAAUGGAGGAAGCUGAAGUGCCUGUAAUCUUCAAGACAGAUCAAGCUGAAGUUGGAAAGGAACAGCAAAAGAAAGAAGGGGUGAGGCUGCUGGAAGUUGCUCCAAUGGUGGAUGACGAUCCCAAGUCUGGUGCAGAAGAAUGGAGUCAUAGUGCACAAAACAGUGAUGAUGGGGAACCUGCGACAGACAGUUCACACUUGUCUCCAUGCUCUGACCAUGACGUACCACAGCCACCAGAGGAAAGAGAUAGAAAUGAGGACAUGGGAGAGGAUAAAGUUGUAGGUAACUCACAAAAUAGGGAUGAAGGGAAGAAAGAGGAGGAUGAGGGGGUAAAGAAAGUCCUGACAGAAGAGGAGGAAGUGGGGCAGACUGGUUCUGGAGAAGUAGCUGAAGAGAAAGAGGAGAAAACGGUAGAGAAAGAGGAUGAAGGGAAGGAGAGGACGGGUGAGAAGGAGGAUGAGAAAGACAUUGAGAUUGGUCAAGAGGUGGAAGAGACCUCUGAUGGGCUCUGCCAGACCAGUCAGGCAGUUAAUGAUGAAACCACCAUGGACGUCUCUAUCCUAGACACAGACAGUGGCUGGAUGAACUCACAAGAUGAUGACAAAAGUAUCAUGACUGAGCAAAUCGAAGCCCUUCCUCAGACCCAGAGUCCUACCAGUAGACCUGUGGUGGACAGACCCGCUAAACGGGCCCCUGGCAGAGGAAGGGGUCACCCUAGCACCACUGAGAGUAAAGUGUCCCGCAAAGUACCGAGCCACCAUCCAAGAGAGGAGAUGAAGAAGAAAAAAGUAGGCAUACGGAGGGCUGACCAGAAUAAGGUGUCAGCCCUCCAAAUUCGUUCUCCAUCUCGAAAGAGUGUAGCCAAAGUGGUGGCCAGACAUCCUAGGCCCGCUCUGCUUCACGGCUCUGCUAGACGCAAGGCCACAGGUAUGGAAAGCCAUCAGCCCCUCAGUGUCCACCAGUCCAGGGAGAGACCCACUUCUCGACAGAGAAAAUCAAGCCCCACUCGGGCUGUUCUGUUAAAGAUGGCAGCUCAGCGUCGGGGGUCCGAUCACCAGCCCCCCCGGCCCGGCUCUGCCUGUAGCCUUAAACGGAGCCCCCUGGUGGCGGCGGAGCUCUGCGAGGCCCGCCCUUCCUCUGCAUGCUCCCGUCCGUCCCCUCUGCCUAACAAAUGGGCAGAGAAGGAGAGAGCAUACCGCAGCCCAGAGAAGAGGUCAUCCCUCCCCAGGCCUGCCAAGUCUCUGACACGCCACAUCCCUGCUGCUGAACAAGAUGACAACAGCAGCCCCUCCAGGCCAACCUGUACAGACUCACGUUCCCGGGCAGUCCGUAGCGGCGCCUCCACCCCUGGCUCCUCCGCCGUCACGCCCGGCUCACCCCCUAGCUACUCCUGCCGCACCCCUGGUUCGCGCACCCCUGGUAGCCACACACCCAAGUCCUUCAGCAUCCUCCAGGAGAAGAAGGUGGCGGUCAUCCGAACCCCGCCCAAGUCGCCGUCCUCCACCCAACGGCAGCUGAAGGUUCUCAAUCAGCCCCUGCCUGACCUGAAGAAUGUAAAGUCCAAGAUCGGCUCAACCGCCAACAUCAAACACCAGCCGAAAGGAGGACAGGUCAUGAUUCCAAGUGUUAAACUGGACUUUAGCCACGUUCAGGCUAAAUGUGGCUCGCUGAACAAACUCCAGCACACAGCAGGCGGGGGAAACGUCCAAAUCCAGACCAAGAAGAUAGAUUUGAGCCACGUCACCGCCAAAUGUGGCUCUAUGUCCAACAUCCACCACAGACCAGGGGGAGGUCAUGUGCGAAUUGAGAAUGUGAAGCUUGACUUUAGAGACAAGGCCCAUGCCAAGGUCCGCUCCCUGGACAAUGCCAGCCACAUGCCCGGAGGGGGGAACGUUAUGAUCGAGAGCCACAAGCUGUCCUUCCGGGAAUCAGCCAAAGCUCGGGUUGACCACGGCGCAGAAAUCGUCGUCACCCACUCCCCAGGGGUCGAGACUGGAGGCACUUCCCCUCGCCUGUCCUCCGCCGGCAGCAUCAACCUCCUGGAGUCACCCCAGCUCUCUACGCUGGCCCAGGAUGUCACCGCUGCCCUGGCUAAGCAGGGCUUAUAAGCCGCCUGCUUCCACUUCCUCGGAUAUCCUCAAAAAUCCACACCAUUUCUCCUUUCCCCAUAAGUCUUAUUUACUCAUAAGCAUCCAGUGUUCUCCCACGGUCCUUCACUGCAACAUGACCCCCAAACACACUCUCACUAAAACCCACAGGUUAUACACUUGUAGUUGAUUGACUGUCUCGUCCAUCAACAACCCUUCAAACCCUUCAAACUGAAUUCUAAGAUUAUUCUUCAUUCACUCCCUGAAAAGGGCUAGAGCCCGCUCACACUUUGUUUUUUCAUUCAUUUUUUGGUCACUCAACUACGAACUUUUCUGUUUUGUUCUAGAUAGGCUGAGUGCUAAGGUUUGAGUGGAUGUGUUUGUCUAAGAAGGCGUUGUCGGUUUUACGAUUGUACAGUGAAUUUUUUAGCAUGAAAAGCAUCACCGCAUUCCACUUGUAUGGGGAUAAACGUCAUGCAUAAUGUCCAUUCAGAAACAUGAACGGUACUGAAUGCAAGAUAUAGCUACUAGAUACUAGGCUCUUGUCUGAAAGAUACAACUAUGUGAGAGACUUAAGAAACAUGGCGUGUAACUGUACCUGCGAGAGAAUGGCUGAUGGGCAUGUCUGCUAAAAUGUGACAUUUUAAGUCAUGAAUUUUUGUUUGCUCGUUGGCUGGUUUUAUGAUUUCCUGAUACGUGCUGAAUUGUUGGACAAAUUGUGUUCUCUUGUUUUAUUUUUUUUUUUAUAUAUAUAUGUCACUGUAGUGGAAGUUGUUGCAGUUUUUGUACGUUCCCUGUGGCUGCACUGGCUUAUUAGCACUUAAAUGUGGAUAACCAUUGCAGUUAUGUCGCUAAAAUGCUAGCUUUCCAAUAGAUCUCUUCUUUUUUUUUUUUUUUUUCUUCUCUGCAAACCAAUGGGCUGCUCUCUUUUUUGUUUGGUUUUACGUUAGCUCUGUGGUUUUAUUAGGCUGCAACAACGCUGUUAUGCUGGCAUGGCAAAUAAAUAAUAAAUAAAUUAGAUCUAUUUGGAGCAAUCUUAAACUUUUCAGUGUGAGUGUUAAUGGCCAGGGUGCAUCCUAGUGUCCGUACUGUGAGGUCACAACCUGUGGUCAGAUCCCUCACACUCCUUUGACCUUUCCCCGUCUGCAGAAACUGGGUUGUACAACAGCUUUGAAAGGGCAAAGAGCCCCACAGUUUGAUACGAAAGUGGAAAGUCUGAAGCUUUAUACUGUAUGAAAACAUUCCAUUUGAAAGAGCAGCUACCCGGCCCUUUUGUGAGAUCGAACCUGCGUGGCUGUUUUGAACGUGUAACUUUACAGAUGACAUAGAGAUGAAGAAUGGGGAAAACCCUCAACUUGCAGCUGUUAGAAUUCAUUUAAAAAAAAAAAAAAAAAGAAUAAAAAAAGAAAACUGUUCUAGCAUAUUGUCUGCUCACCAUUGUGAAACUUCUCUGCCCCCCCAGUCCUCCUCCCCCUGAUGUCAGCUACCCCCUCCAGUGUUUUUCUGUGCUCCCUCUUGCCUCCCUCCUCCCCCGGCCCCACUUUGCCUGUGUAAGUGUAUUUAAAAGACCAUGUAGAUGUGUGCACACUUUCCGAUGUUUGAGACAUACUGAUGACAAAUGCUCCUACAGGAUGAUGACGACAGAAAUAAAGAAAAUAAAAAAUGGUA